GCAUAUGGUGCACCGCAUGAGGCAGAGAAGCAGCCUGGAGCAGGAAAAACAGCCAAUCAACAGAAACUACAGGCCCUGCAUGUCGACCAGAACUGAUUUGCGACACCACCGCUCACACGACAAGCCUCAUUUUACUGUUAGUAUUAGUGAUGCCCAAUUUUGCCUCAUUAUUACGGCGCUUGGGUGGUGCAGCGAUAAAACACACUAGCACACCAGCGCUGAGAGCUCAAACUCACGAGUUCAAAUCUCAGCUCUUCUAGAGGGACAAUGAUUGGCUCGUCUGUUGGGUUGGAUUACCGAAGAGGAUUCCUCAUAACUGCUGCAAUUACAACCUCUCCUAUCUGUCUGUCUGUCUGUCUGUCUGUCUGUCUAUUCAUGUCUGUCUAUCCUCUUUCAAUCUGUCUGUCUGUAUCUAUCUACCUGUCUAUCUAUCUGUCUGUCUGUCUGUCCAUCCAUCUAACUGUGUCUAUCUACCCGCCUGUCUGUCUAUCUGACUGUCUGUCUAUUCAUCUGUCUGUCUAUCCUCUUUCAAUCUGUCUGUCUGUAUCUAUCUACCUGUCUAUCUAUCUGUCUGUCUGUCUGUCUGUCUGUCUGUCUGUCUGUCCAUCCAUCUAACUGUGUCUAUCUACCCACCUGUCUGUCUAUCUGACUGUCUGUCUAUUCAUCUGUCUGUCUAUCUAUCCUCUUUCAAUCUGUCUGUCUGUAUCUAUCUACCUAUCUACCUGUCUACCUGUCUGUCUGUCUGUCUGUCUGUCUGUCUAUCUAUCCAUCCAUCCAUCUAACUGUGUCUAUCUACCCGCCUGUCUGUCUAUCUGACUGUCUGUCUAUUCAUCUGUCUGUCUAUCCUCUUUCAAUCUGUCUGUCUGUAUCUAUCUACCUAUCUACCUGUCUACCUAUCUACCUGUCUACCUGUCUACCUGUCUGUCUGUCUGUGUCUAUCCCUCCAUCCAUCUAACUGUGUCUAUCUACCCGCCUGUCUGUCUAUCUGACUGUCUGUCUAUCCAUCUGUCUGUCUAUCCUCUUUCACUCUGUCUGUCUGUCUAUCUAUCCAUCCAUCUGACUGUGUGUCUGUUUAUCUAUCUAGCUGUCUGUCUGGCUAGCUAUCUAUCCAUCCGUCUAAUACAUCUGUCUGUCUGACUGUCAGUCUAUCUGUCUGUCUAUGUAUCUGUCUGUCUGUCUAUCUAUCUGUGUGUCUAUCCUCUUUCAAUCUGCCUGUCUGUCUAUCUAUCCAUCCAUCUGACUGUGUGUCUGUCUAGCUAUCUGUGUGUCUGUCUGUCUAUUAAGUCUAUCUAUCCACCUAUCCGUCUGUCUGUCAAAUCUGUCUGUCUGUCCAAAAAAAAAACAACAACAACAGAAACAUGUUUGCAAUAAACUAGAAGCUUCUGGAACCUGAGCAACACUGUCCACAAUCAAGAGGCUGUUGUGCAAGAACCUGAAUAACAACAGGAAAGUCUAGAGAGCUGUGUACUGAUCUCAGAAAGCAGAACAUGAGCAUGAUCACAUGGAUUAUGGCUUUUUUUUCUUGCAUUACAGCCACUAAGCUUGAUUGACAGUGUGCAGCAUCAUUUAAUCUGUCAGGUGUGGGUUAUUUUCAGAGGUCCUCUUGUUAUGCCUACUGCAAUCCAUGUGCUCUUCACUCCAGCUGGAGGAGCAGAGGAACUCCACAACAUGGCUUCAUCUAACGGAUCCAUCUUCAGUCCCCGUCUUUCCAUCUACCGGACGCUAGAAUGACCGACGUGAUCAGCCUUGACAGCACCGAGAACCACGAAGAAGAUGCAGGAACCACAGAGAACAUCCUCCACGAGGACUGCGAGACCCAGGAGGAGGAGAUAAACGGCGUCCAGGACCCGGCCGAGGAGGAGACGGAGACGAGCGGCAGGACGAGAAAGCGCGAGAGGCCGCAGAAGAGCGAAGAGGCCGUCAUCACCGAGGUGGAAAACAUGAACGACGUGGGGGAGCUGGAGGACAAGCCCGAUAAGAAGGACGAAACCAACCUGACGGACGUAGCUAUGAAACAGGAGAGACUCCUAACGUCCAACAGACCUGUGAUGAAGACCUACGUGCCCAAGGUUGGGAAAGGAGACGUGAAGAGCAAGUUCGAGGCCAUGCAGAAGGUCCGAGAGGACAGGAACCGCAUGAGGACCCAGGAGGAGCAGAAGAAACGGAAGGAGCAGUACAUCAAAGAGAGGGAGCGCAUCCGCAAUAAACAGAUCAUAAAAGAGCUGCUCGCCUCCAGCGACGAGGAGGAAGAGGAGGUGAAGCCGGGGAAGACCGAGAAAUCCUACGUCCCCAAGAUCAUAGGCAGCGUGAAGGGAAAGUUCGCAGAGAUGGAGAAGCAACGGCAGGAAGGCGAGAAGAAGAAAAUGGCGGAGGAGAGGAAGAAGAGGGCCACGCAGGAGGCCCAGGAGAAGGCCAAAAUUCAGAAGGAGCUCGCCAAGAGGGCGGAAGAGGAAGGAGACGACAGUUUGCUGGUGCAAGUGGUUCCUUCCAAACCUGCGAAGCACCCCGGCAAGAUCAAGAUGAACUUCGAGAACCUGGAGAAGAGUCGAGAGGAGGAGCUGAAGAAAAGGACCGAGGAGGAGAAGAAGAAGAGAUACGACGAGAACCGCCGCUCGUUCAGAGACGCCAAGCGACACUCCAUAUCCACCAAUCAGGACGAGGAACCCCCGAGAAAGGAGAACGAGCGAGCCACUCCCGGGAAGCUUCGCAUGACGUUCGAGGAGCAGGAGAAGGAGAGACAGGAGCAGCAGAAGAAGCAGGCUGAGGAGGAGGCCAGGAAAAGACUUCUGGAGGAGAAGAAAGCUUUUGAGGAGGCCAAACUGGGCAUGGCUCAGGACGACGAGGACGCGGACUCCACCCAGGCCGAGAAGGAAGAGAUCCGGCCUGGAAAACUGAGGCUGAGCUUCGAGGAGCUGGAACGCCAGAGACUGGAGGAGGAACAUAAACGGGUGGAGGAGGAGAGAAGGAGGCGCAUCAUGGAGGAGAAGAAAGCCUUCGCUGAGGCCAGGAAGAGCAUGGUUUUAGACGAUGAUGACGAAGCCCUGCUCGCAGCCAUCAGCGCCGACGCCGGCGUCACACCGGGUAAACUGUCCAUCAGCUUCGAGGAGCUGGAGAGGCAGAGGCGUGAGGAGGAGCAGAAGAGAAAAGAGGAGGAAGCAAAGCGACGUCUAGAGGAGGAGAAGAGACUGUUCGCGGAGGCUCGCAAGAACAUGAUCCCGUCUCAGGAUGAGGACGGCAUGAGCGUGUUGGGAGCAGGAGAAGUCCUGGACGAGGACGACUUUACCCUGUCGAGGACGGAGUCUCAGGAAGCGAUGCACCCAGGAAAGCUGGAGAUCAAUUUCGAGGAGAUGAUGAAGAUAAAGGAGCAGGGAGAGCGGAAGAAGAAGGAGGAGGAGCGGCGCAAAAAGAUGGAGAUGGAGAAGAAGGAGUUUGAGCAGCUGCGGCAGGAGAUGGGCGUGGAGGAGAUCAACGAAACGUACGAGGUGGUGAGCAGCGAGUACGAGGAGCUGACCAAGCUGAAGAGAACUGGUUCCAUCCAGGCCAAGAACCUGAAAGUGAAGUUCGAGAAGAUCAAGCAGCUCACGGACGAGGAGAUCCAGAAAAAGAUCGAAGAGGAGAGAGCCAGGAGGAAAGCCAUCGAUGAGGAGAUCAAAGAGCGGGAAGCCGAGCGCUGCAUGGAGGAAGACGACGAGGACACCAGGAGCUCCGUGAAGCCGGAGGACGCCCCGUUCAGACAGAAAGUGGACAUGCGCGCCCGGUUCGAGCUGAUGGCUAAAGCUCGCGAGGAGGAGGAGAGGAGGAGGAUCGAGGAGCAGAAGCUGCAGAGGAUGCAGUUCGAGCAGCAGGAGAUUGACGCUGCGCUCCAAAAAACAAGGGAGGACGAAGAUGAAGAGGAGGGCAGCAUCAUGAACGGCUCGGCGACCUACGACGACGAGGACGACCACGGACGGUCCGGCGCUCCCUGGUUCAAGAAGCCUCUGAAGAACCAGACGGUGGUGGACGCCGAGCCGGUGCGCUUUACGGUGAAGAUCACGGGCGAGCCCAGGCCCGAGGUGACGUGGUGGUUCGAGGGCGAGCUGCUGCAGGACUGCGAGGACUAUCAGUACAUCGAGCGUGGCGAGACCUACUGCCUCUACCUGCCCGAGACCUUCCCGGAGGACGAGGGCGAGUACAUGUGCAAGGCCGUGAACAGUCGUGGCAGCGCCGCCAGCACGUGUAUUCUCACUAUUGAAACUGACGACUACUGAUGCGCCCACCCUCUCUGGAACUUUCCCUGUCUGUUCUUUCUUUUAUUUAAAAAAAACGUUUAAACUUUUGUAAGUUGUUCAUAUCUCAUGGUAGGGCCAAACUCUGGAGGAGGAAGCAGCCUGUGUGUCUUUCACCAUUCCUCCAAAAGAUCCAAUCCAUGUUAAAGUGCAUAAUUUGUUGUUUACAUGCAAAAUAAUUGCACUUUUUCAGUGUUCCGGAUGAAUUUGUGCCAAAACAGACACGUAGUUUCCAUGCAGUUGCUACACAGACUAGCCAGAAAUAUAUUAUAUUGAUGAUGAUAUUUAUAAUGUUUAAAUUUUGCUACUGCGCCGGCCAAUCGUUUUGUAAUCCGGAAAUAAAAUCAGUACCAUAACCAGUUUACAUACAUUUGUAGACUCGCAUGUUAACUUCUGUCACUGAAUGAUUUGAACACAAACUGCUUUGUUUUUUUUUCUAAAGAUGAAUUUAAGUUUUCUUCUGAUUUAUUGUAAAUUGUGUUCUAAAUAAAAUUUUGUUGUAAAAAUGA